AUGGUAACUCAUUUAUGAAGUACGUAAUUAUAAAACAAAUUAAUUAAUAACUAUUCACAGAAAAUUGUAUCAUGAAUGAAGCCUGACUGCCUGAACACGAGAAUACCUACUUCACAGCUUUGUUAUACAGGGUGUCAGUAAAGUAUAAAUAGAAGUAAUGACCUUGUUAAAAUACGAAUAUGUAACUAUCUAAUUAUACGCAAAUAGCCUGUUAUUGUUAACGACCCUGUAUAAUUAUACACUUAUUGAUAAUGCCUCAAAGAUGUAGAUAACGGAUGGAACUGGCGUAACUUAUCAGUCUUAUUUUUGGUAGCCUUGUGUGAAGUCAUUAGGAUUCUUGCGGCAAUGCCAAAACUAUUAUAGAUCUAGUAACCAUAUUCAAUUUUAAAUUACAGUUUAAUAAUAAUUCGUACUUAAUUAGAAUUUAUAAAGAUGUCUUUUAAGCCAGUGACUCACGUUUUAUUUGACAUGGAUGGUUUAAUUCUGAACACAGAAGAGUUGUAUACUAUCGGUUUCCAAGAAGUGGCUUCAAGAUUUGGAAAAACGUUCACAUUUGAAUUAAAAAGUAAAAUAAUGGGGCAGCAAAGUCGGGAGUUUGCUGGCUCUAUCAUAGAUGAACUGGGGCUUCCUUUGACUGUCGAGGAGUUUCUAAAGGAAACGAGGAUUAUAUUCGAGAAGUUGUUUCCUAUUUGCAAAGUUAUGCCUGGGGUAGAAAGACUAAUCCGACACUUGCACGACAACAAUAUUCCAAUUGGGCUAGCUACUAGCAGCAGUAAAGAAACAUACGAUUUGAAGGUGGCCAAGCAUCAAGAGUUGUUCGAUUUACUCACGUAUAAAACGUGGGGUUCCUCGGACCCUCUAGUCAAGAGAGGGAAGCCAAACCCUGAUAUAUUCCUCGUAGCCGCAGAGAAAUUCCCUGAUAAUCCACCACCAGAAAAGUGUCUCGUGUUCGAAGACUCCCUUAACGGCGUGAAGGCAGCACGGGCGGCGGGCAUGCAGGUGGUUAUGGUGCCUGACCCGAGGCUGGACCGCGCCCGCGCUUUCGAAGCCACCAUCGUCCUGGGCUCCGUGGAGGAAUUCCGACCGGAGGACUUUGGGUUGCCGCCUUUUAGCCAUUAGCAUUUUGCAGCUUACGAUUUUUUGGAAGGCAGAAACUUGAAGAAACAAGCAAACUAAGUGGCGCCAUCUACCUCUAGCGUUUUAGCUAACUAAUGAUUACGAUAAAAUUGUAAAUUAACAAAACAUCUAAACAUAUUUUGGCUUUAGUGCUUG